GGAAACGCUUUGCUUCUGUAUGCGAAAGAAGUGUUUUCACUGGUUUAGGCAAGUGGUGGGACUCCGAGACAACAGAAGGCUUUUUUCUCUUUUUUUUUUUUUACCUCCAGGCAGUAAUUAGGUCAUCUGUACCCCCUUCUUAAUAACUGCUGCUGUGCCCCUUCAUAAACCCUGCUAUGCGGUUGUAUAUUAGCUGAAUAUCUUUCCAUAUUUGGGGGGGUGGGGAAGGUGAAACACAAUUUAAGGACAACUUCCCCGCCUUGGAUAAAGUUCUCAUGGAAUGUUUGACAUAGAGCAAAUAACUAUAUGAGGAAUUGGUUAUUUGAGGGCGCACUUAGGUGCAUAUGGAUUCUUUUUCCUAUCAGGCAGGAGAGCACAACUUUUGAGAUAAAGCACUUCUCCCAGGACAAGACGGAGAAUGGUAGGACUUUUGUCUUUCCCAAGGAAAUGAAAGAGGACUGAAGAAGCUGAGUUCCAAGGGACUGUUUUGUUGUCUGAUUCAAAAGCUAGCUAUAUAAUGCUGCCGUCGCUCAUGCCCUGAGAUGGCCAAAACAGGCAACAAUGAGCCUCAGUUAUCACAAGAAACAGACUGUGGGGAGCCCACUUCACAGAUCAAAAAUGAAUGGUCAGUGGCAAAGACAGAGUCUCAGAACACAGUGAAAAUUGAAGUUAUUUGCACAGAUGAUGGCGAAAGUUCUACGCACAGCCCUGCUGAGGAGCCAGCCCGCAAACGCAAAAAGGGACCUGCCCCCAAGAUGUUGGGGGAUGAAGUCUGCAGCGUGUGCGGUGACAAGGCCUCGGGUUUUCACUAUAAUGUCCUGAGUUGUGAGGGUUGUAAGGGCUUCUUCCGGCGCAGUCUCAUCAAAGGAGCUCAGUAUACCUGCAAGGGCAGUGGGCAGUGCCACAUGGACAUGUACAUGCGCCGGAAGUGCCAGGAAUGCCGGUUGAAAAAAUGCCGACAAGCAGGCAUGCGGGAAGAAUGUGUCCUUUCAGAAGAGCAAAUCCGCAAGAAGAAGAUCACUAAGCACGAGGGAGAUGGGGUUCCAACUGGGGAAAGAGAUGGAGGUGAAGUACUUCGAGUACCUCCGUUGCUCUGUGAUCCUGCUUUAUCCCAGCCUGAGCCAGUUCCUCUUACCCCACAGCAGGAGGGCAUGAUCCAGCAGUUGGUGGCGGCCCAACAGCAGUGCAACAAGAGGAGCUUUAGCGAUCAGCCCAAAGUCACACCUUGGCCAGUGAGCAGUGACCCCAACAGCCGGGAGGCACGCCAGCAGCGCUUUGCCCAUUUUACAGAAUUAGCCAUCAUCUCAGUACAAGAGAUUGUGGACUUUGCCAAGCAAGUACCUGGCUUCCUGCAGCUCUCGCGAGAAGACCAAAUCGCAUUGCUGAAGGCUUCUACCAUUGAGAUCAUGUUACUAGAGACAGCCCGGCGCUAUAAUCAUGAGACUCAGUGCAUUACAUUUCUUAAAGAUUUUACAUACAGCAAGGAUGACUUUCACCGUGCAGGUCUUCAGGUCGAAUUCAUCAACCCCAUAUUUGAGUUUUCCCGGGCCAUGCGAGAGUUGCAGCUGGAUGAUGCCGAAUAUGCCCUUCUCAUUGCAAUCAACAUCUUCUCUGCUGACAGGCCAAAUGUGCAGGACCAUGGCUUGGUAGAGGCAUUGCAGCAGCCCUACAUUGAGGCCCUCAGUUCUUACAUCCACCUCAAUCGGCCACAGGACCACCUGAUGUUUCCCCGCAUGCUGAUGAAGCUGGUGAGCCUGCGGACGUUGAGCAGCGUGCACUCAGAGCAGGUCUUUGCCUUGCGCCUUCAAGAUAAGAAGCUUCCGCCACUUCUGUCUGAGAUCUGGGACGUCCACGAAUAGACCUUUUGAAGGAGACUGGGGAAGAGGCAGACCUCUCCCAGUGGCACCAGCAGGCAUGUUCCCCGUAGCGAGUCUUUGGAUUCAGCAUAAGCCUUACAAUGGCUGGACUGGGAUCCUGCCAAAAGAAUUGAGUCAAGUGAGCUACUAAGCACUUUCGUUUUCUCCGCCAUCUUUCUUCCAUUGCUUCAGAUUUGGGGGAGGGGAGGUCGGUCACCAACUUCCUUCUGAGUGGGAAGAGGGAGAAGUGAAGAAAAAAAAAAUAACCCUUUCCUCCAAAGACUGCACCCUCUCCUGUUUGUGAACAGCAAACAGCUGCGCCCUGCAUCGUUAACUUAACUGCAGUUAAGUUAAUGUACAGAUUCACUUAACAGCGAUGGCAAGACAACCGAGAACUGUUUCUACUUAGGGAAGGAAGAGUUCUAACAAUGAAAAUAAGAGGAGAUUGCCAUAUGUAGUACCUGGUUGUAUGAGGCAAAUACCCAGAAGAAAUAAACUGGUCAUGAAAAUGAAACAUCUCACUGUUCUCCUGGGUGAGAAAUGCUCCCUUGUAGUUAAUUGGGGCAGGGGAGAGGGAUUGGGGGGGGGGGGUUGUGGAAAGCCAGGGUCUUGUCUGAAGAGAAAGGAAGCAAAGUUCUUAAGAAUACUUGACUGAGUUCACUUACCAUUCAUAAAGGAUGUGUGUGAGUGUGUAUGUGUACUCACAAGUACCCCACCAUAGCCGAUUCCGUGUCACAUGCUGGCCGCUAAAGCAAGAGUUUAGUCCCUGGAACAUUCUAGUGGCAGCAAAAUUAGGAUUUUUAACUAUGUGAGUAAUUUGUUUUCUUUAUAAAUUUAAGAUAAUAUGAACUCAUGGAGCAUGUCUUAAUCCUCCAGUUUUGUCCUUCAUACCUUUUGCAACCCUAUAAGGC